GUGGCCCAGCUCUGAACCCCAGCACCGCCGCUCCCGCAGCAGACAGGGCCUGGGCGCUCAGAGGUGGCAGCUGGCCCUGGCCGAGGCCCCUGCAAUCGAGGAAAGGAGAGCCACAAACGCAGGACAAAGCCACGGGGCUCACGGGAACAUCCUGCUGACGGGCAUAGGGUCAACUCAAGUGAUGAGAACCUGGAAAGACCAGAUCCCUCUAAGGGACGUGUGUCAGGCACGCAGCCGCGGGACGGGACCUGGCUCCGAGCCCAGAGAAGCACCCAGCGCCCUGCACCCUACAGAGGAUGUAGAGUCUCCUAGACCAUGGGUGAAGUACAGAAGGGGCUGCUCGCUGUCAUCCAAAAGCUCAAGGGCUCUGUGGAGCAGGAACUGCGGAUCGUCCUGCUGGGGCUGGACAAUGCCGGAAAAACCACACUGCUGAAGUGCUUGGCAUCGGAGGAGGUCAGCACCAUCACCCCCACGCAGGGGUUCAACAUAAAAAGUGUGCACUCGCAUGGCUUCAGGCUGACCGUCUGGGACAUCGGUGGGCAGCGUGCCAUCCGCCCCUACUGGAAGAAGUACCUGGGCCACACAGACAUACUGAUUUACGUCAUUGACAGCGCUGACAAGAAACGCUUUGAGGAGACCGGGCAGGAGCUGGCGGAGCUGAUUGAGGACGAGAGUCUCACGGGGGUCCCUUUGCUGGUGUUUGCCAACAAGCAGGAUCUGGCAAGUGCAGCACCAGCUGCAGAGAUCGCAGAGGGACUGAACCUACCUACGUACCGGGACCGCCAAUGGCAAAUCCAGGCCUGCUCAGCCCUGUCUGGGGAAGGAGUCCAGGAUGGGAUGAACUGGAUUUGCAGCCAGAUCACAAGCCGGAAGAAGUGACUGAAUCAAAUUGCAGUUCGCACAGCCAUGCUCACCAGCUCCCAGAGAUUCCCAGUAGUAGGCCCUCUCUGUGCCCCUAGCCCCAGGCUGCUGAGCUCAAAGGGCCUUUCCUGGCCAAGCUCUCAUUGCUCAUCAGCUUCUCUGCAAUGCCUCAUCCUCCUGGGUUUCAUUUGGUCACUGGUGUAUCU